CCAGCAAGUCGACAAAAUGGCUCCCAAGAAGACCGCCGGUGCUGCCAAGGAGAACGUCUCUCUCGGUCCUUUGGCCGGAGAUGGCAAGCUCGUUUUCGGUGUUGCCCGUAUCUUUGCCUCCUUCAACGAUACCUUCGUCCACGUCACCGAUCUGAGUGGUCGCGAAACCAUCUGCCGUGUCACCGGUGGUAUGAAGGUCAAGGCUGACCGUGACGAGUCUUCCCCCUACGCUGCCAUGUUGGCUGCUCAGGAUGUUGCUGCUCGCUGCAAGGAGCUUGGCAUCAACGCCCUCCACAUCAAGAUCCGUGCCACUGGUGGUAACGGCACCAAGACCCCCGGUCCCGGUGCUCAGUCCGCCCUCCGUGCUCUUGCCCGUUCCGGCAUGAGAAUCGGCCGUAUCGAGGACGUCACCCCCACUCCCUCCGACUCUACUCGUCGCAAGGGUGGUCGCCGUGGUCGUCGUUUGUAAGCAUGUGCGGGUUCAUCUCUUCCA